CAUAUCAUAUCUUCUUUUUUCCUCGGUGGUUUCCUCCACUUCUCACACGUGCCAUUUGCUUAAACUGAUACGUGUCUUCCCAGGAUUCUGUCAAUUUCCCAGCUACAUCAAAUUCUACAUUGGUUUUUGAACCCAUCCUUCAAAGCUUUUCAUCACCGAAUUGGGCAAAUCUCGUACACAAAGCAUAGCCGAAGCAGCUGAUUUUAACAUUCAAGCUUUCCUCACGUUUCCAUUAGAUCAGUGUUCGGAGGUAGUCUGAAAGGGCUUUUUAAGGAUAAGGCUGCGUUUGGGUUCGAUUUUUUUAUUCCUUCCAAAAAGAACGUCCCGGAAACACCCAUCAAUUACAGAUCUAGUCAUCUCCAAAAACCAUUCAAUCCCCGAUCAAACUAUCAACAGUCAUGGCCACUCCUGGGGUUCUUCAAAGAGAAACCGACCUUCUCUUAUCUUCUCCCUUGAUUGAGCUUCGUAAAGGAGAAAAUGGAAAAUCUCGUGGGCUCUCGAUUGAGAAGAAGAUUGAGCUUCUCGAGAGCUUGACUGGAAAAGUUACAAACCGACGUUCUAGAAGAUGGUUAAAUGAUAGAUUGUUGAUGGAACUUGUUCCUCGCUUGAAUGCAGAAGAAGUAAGAGGCCUUUUUGCUCCACCACCAUGGGGUGAUGAUGUGCCGCCAUCAGCAUUUUGCAUGACGAAUGUGGGAGAAUGGGACAAAUUUAGGACUAUAGAUAUGGAUAAAGAGGCUAAUAUUAUUGGCGCCUUAAAUAAUUCAUCUAUGAAGAAGAAAUUUCAUGCUGACGCUGAUAAGGCAGCUUUCUUGAGUGCAUGGCUAAGAGUUGAUUGCCGAACAAGAGAAGCACUUCGCCGUAGCUUUCUUUCAGAUCUUAUUGCGAGCUAUGAGGACUGUAUACGGACCUUCAUCCAGGAACGUGGACAUGGGGAUGUCCUUGCUUUACAGGUCCAAGAUCCUUUCCAUAGAUUGUUGCUGCAUGGUGUCUGUGAGUUCUACAACGUGGUCUCGGUAACAGUUACACAGUCAAAGGGUGCGGAGUCACUGAAGGUGACGAGGAUAAAGAAGAAGAAGACAGGGGUGGUUGAGCUCCCUAAUAUCACCUUGUCCAAUUUCCUGAAAAUGUCAAAGGAGGGCAUUUGGUAGUUCUAGGGCAGAAAUUGCCCCCCAAUUCAUGUUCAUAAAUAAGAUAAGUUUGUGCACAAUGCUGCGCUCGAUGGAGUAAUUUAUUUGCGUUUAGUCAUCAUCUGUAUUGUAGCUUUGUGAAGCGAAGGUGCCUGGAUUUAAUUUAUAAUUUCUUCCCAGUCAACAGAACAGGUUGAUUGCUGGUUUAGGGUUUAGUUAAAGAACAUGAUGAUUCCAAGCUGUUGUAUGAUAUGAUGGAUCAAAAACUAUAUUUAUAUGUUUACUGUUUAUUCCAGGCCUAUGUGGCCAUGUCAAUUAUAACA